AGCUCAACCCGAACAUCACAUGUGUGUCCAUAAACAGGAAAUUAAUGAGCUAGACAUCUAUCAUCGAAUUCUAAGGUUCAACAACUACAUGGUAGCCAUGGUUAACAAGAGUUUACUACCGCUACAGAUACAUGUGCCUUUUGUUGGGGACUUCCACUAUUUGUCCAAAGGCCUAAAGUGGAAUUUGGAAUUUCUGUUAUUCUCUAGUCCUUGGAGUCCCUGGGAGAACUGUUGGCAGCUGCGAGAGUGCUACAAAGACCAUUCCAAACGGAUGAUAUUGGCCCGUCAGCUGGAGAGGCAGAUUUUGUUUCUGGCACUGAUCAAUCUACUACUGACGCCGCUUAUUCAGGCUUGGCAGAUUCUAUAUUUCUUCUUUAACUAUGCAGAGUUAAUAAAGCGGUCACCAGGCUCUCUAGGGCUGCGCACGUGGUCGCUGUACGCGCGAGUUACCCUGCGGCACUUCAACGAGCUGGAGCACGAGCUGCGCGACCGGCUCAACCGCGCGCACAAGCCCGCCACCAAGUACCUGGCCAGCUUCUCCUCGCCAAUCACCACGGUUAUCGCCAAGAACGUGAUGUUCUUCUCGGCGAGCGUGCUGGGCGUGCUGGUGAUGCUGUCGGUGUACGACGAGGACGUGCUGACCGUGGAGCACGUGCUCACCAUCAUCACCAUCCUGGGCUGCGUGCUGGCCGGCGCCAGGGCAUUGAUCGGAGAGGAGGAGCGUCUGUCCGGCGGCUGCGCGGGCCCGGCGCGCGGCGAGGAGCUGUUCGUGCAGGUGCUGGGGCACGUGCACUACCUGCCCGCGGCGUGGCGCGGCCGCGCGCACACCAAGGACGUCGCCGCGCACUUCCAGCAGCUGUUCCAGUUCCGCGCGGUGUACAUCCUGUUCGAGGUGCUGAGCCCUCUGCUGAGCCCGCUCGUGCUGUACCGGCUGCGCUCGCGCGCGCUCGACAUCGUGGACUUCUACCGCAACUUCACCGUCAGCGUACUGGGCAUCGGCGACGUGUGCUCCUUCGCGCAGUUGGACAUUCGGCGUCACGGACAUCCAGAUUGGCAGGCCCCGGGUAAACACGCUGAAAAAGCAAAAGGAAACACGCAGUACAACCAAGGCGAGGGCGGCAAGACGGAGCUGUCGCUGGUGGCGUUCUCGUGCCGGCACCCCGGCUGGCAGCCCGCCGAGCCCGCGCAGCGCCAGUUCCUGCGCUCGCUGCGCCAGAGCAUGCACCACGCCGUGCCGGCCAACAACACGCUGAACAAGACGAUGCUGGGGUCGUAUAUCCAGCAGAGUAUAUUUGGCACCAACACUCCCUUGCCUGCAGUGCUCUCUUUCUACCAACAGCGGCAGCCGUACAGAUUACCUGACAUGGACGAGACGAGCGACGAGGACGAGGAGGGCCCGGCGUCGGCGGUGAGCAGCCGCGUGUCGCGCUCGUUCGGGCUCGCGGGCGCCAGCAGCGGGCUCGGCGCCAGCGCGCUGGGCCUCGCGCCCACCGAGGCGCCCGCUGACGAGACAAGAGACAUGUCCGUCAGCACGCUGCACCUCUACGACUUGCAUAUCUCGCACGCGUCGCCGUCGGUGGCCGCGUGCUGCGUGAACAACUGCUCGGGCCGGCAGGAGCGCUGGGAGCAGGGCGAGCACACGCCGCUGCUGCACCACCCAUAACGCCCGGCGCCGCCCCGCCCCGCCCCGGUCUGGGUGUAGACCGCCCGGCGCCCGGACCGGCGCUCACAGCCGCCUGUUUCACCAACUUGUCAAUUGACGCUUAACCCUUAAAUGCAUGACCUUGACAAAGAGAUAUUCAAAUUUGAAUUUUGACGUGCUGUCAACAGAGUCAAAAAUAUAUCAUGCAUGUAUAUAGAUCACUAUGGCUUUAAGGGUUCAGGGCCUACUGCGAAUAACGAACCUUGCAAUUCGCUGGCAUCAUCCGGAAACGAGAAAAAAUCUCGUAAUAUGCAGUUUUUCGGUAUUCGCGGUAGACCCUCUCACACUGAGUCGUUCCUAUACGUUCAUUAGUUGGUACACAGAUUAAGUAUAAGGAACGCAAGUGUUCCUUAUACUUAAUCUGCAAUAAAAAUUAUCGCGCUUGCACUAUAAGGUCCUUUUGAGCUUUGGCUAUGCACCAGCAACAAACUAUGGUCAAGGACAAGCGCCAAUUGUCAGCGUGGUGAAACAGGUACUUAUAGUGAAUGAGUAAUAAUGAAACUUGAAAUCAUACUUCAUUGACGCGUUGACGAUUGUUUCAUCAUUAAUCAUCACCAAUAAAAAUGAUGUUGUGCCGUCAGUGAACACCCGUCCGUGAUCCUCAGGUGUGAACUUCGUCAUAAUUAUUCAGGACUUUAGAAACUGUGUAAAUAUAUACAUUUAACUAGGUAUAACAAUUGUGUAAAAAUCGAAACAUACCUUGCGGUUUAGAUGCAAGCAAAUAAUUUUAGUAACGUUGUACGUUACAUAAGUAAUGUGAGUCGGCUGGCUAAUACUGCGCUGUUUUUGAUUAGUGAACUUGUGAAACUGCCCCACGACGUGGCAAUUUCCGUUUUUGUAAUGUUUCCUCAGCAUGUCUCUUUCACCAAACCUCAGUUUUCCUCGCGAAGUUUAUACAAUACGAAUCACCCGUAUAAUUAAGUAAUGUUUCAGACCGAGAAAUUUCCCAAAUAAUCUUUUGUUUUACUAAUAUGGUUUUAAAUAUUAGAAAGUUAUUAUGGUACACGAUAGUACACAUAUAAAAAUAUUUUAUUUUGUGAUGAUUCUAUGUAAUGACUGACCUAACAUUUUUAACAUGAAUACCAGGAAACCUUAUAAUUUUAUGUCAAUUAUUUUAUUUACUUGAUUUUAUUAUGGCUAUUGUAUUAAGACACGCAUAUCCGCCAAUCUUACAAUUUAAAUAUUUAUAUUCAUGAAAUAUAAAUAAAGUAAUUUAAUUAUAUGUUUAACGGAUCCCAUUUUAUAUUUCUAUUCAGUUCAACUAUGAUGAUAGUCUGUUCAUAGGUAAAGGUUAUAAUCGCGAGCUGUAUUUUGGCUUCACUUUUUAAGAUAAUAGCUUCAUGGGACUACAUUUUGAGGCUUAUUGUUCUUGUAAUGAUAUUAUAUAAGAAAUCAGGACUAUCACGAAUAGUUCCGUUCAUAAUCAUAUGUUUAGGUAAUAAAACAGUAACCAAACUAAAGUAUGUACCUACAUAACACUUUUUAUGAUUUAAAAUGCUAUAAUAUAUUCAUCUUUGACAUUGAGUAAACAUUAAUGAAAUUUUCGAUGUAGAGCUAAAAUAAUUAAGGUUAUAUGUAUACACGGUGUAUCACGACAUACCCGAAAACUGUGAUGUCAUGCACUAAAAGAAGAAAAAACAUAAGCUCAGAUAAAUAUCGUAAGAUUUUCCUUUAUUUUUAAAUGUGUUUGCAUAGAAAAAACCUAAUUUUAUUAGUAAACUUGUCAGUUAUAAUAAUUUUUAACUUUUAUUUCAUAAAACCUAGAUUUUGCAAAUUAAAGAAUUAAAUCAAUGUGAAAAAACUUUUUUGACGUCUCGUAAUGAGGAUAUUUAUUAAGUGCCAUAGAAUUCGAUUAUGUAAUAUAUUUAUAUAUCUUUUUUAUAAAAAUAUGUUUUUCCAAAUUGGCAAAGACAGUUUUAGACUGUAGUAUUUAAUUUAACGUGGACUACAUUCCGGGUUCUUUGUGAAACACCGUGUAUAUUGGUUACCUUUUUAAUACUGACAUGUGAUAACAACAUUAUUUUUUACACAGACCUAGACGCUUUGUACGGGUAAAUAUACAUUCAAAUUAUAUUUACAAAAUAAUAUACAUUAUAAUUUAUUUUUUCGCAAGGAAAGUCCUCAACUCACGAGAUACAUAUUACCUACUUAUAUUUUUAUUAAUAAUUGUUUAGUGAAGUGACGCUUUAUUAAGUUGUGUGUGUGUAGUCAGAGUCCAGCAAACACUAGGUUUUCCAUAGUCUACACAAUCUCUGACUGUCUGAAGGUUACGGACUCUACACUAAAUUUUAUAAAAAAAAAAAAUCUAAAAUUAUUAGCAAAUUUAAUGAAAUUUAUUUAAAUUUACGACAUAUUUUUUUAACUACGGGACGUGUAUAAUUUCAUGUGAAAUUUUGACCAAUGAAUUUCAUUAUCUGAAUUUAUUUUUUGAAUGAGCUUUACAAAAUAUUGAUUUGUUUGACCAUAGCAUCAUAAACUUACAUGGAUUCAUAAAAAAAUCAAAUGUAAAAAAUAUACUUUUAGUAAUGAAUCAUUUUGUGCGGGCAGAUAUAAUUUGGUAAUAAAUGAGAGACAUUAACCCUUUAACCGCGGUAGUCUGAUAUAAAAGACAAACAAUAUCAAGCUCAUUUCGCCGAAGUCUGUCAAAGUCUAAUUAGACAAAUCUUCGUAUAACUUCGUAUAUAUACCUUCAUCGGCGACACGAGCACGGCUCGGCGAAAAAUUCAAAGCGGUCAAAUCGUUAAUACGAUUCAGGGUCGUUCAGCCCAUAAUAACAAUUCAGAGGAAAUCUAGGGGAGUGCUAGGAAAGGUUACGUCAGUAUCUUAUUUAUUAAACGAUUUGAACAGGAUUUCCUUCGUAUUUUUUCGCAAACGUUCGUAUUUGUCAUGCUAGUUCAUGUCAAUCUCGAUACGUCUUGUACUGAGAUUGACUGAAAUAGCAUGACACGUUCGUACGUUUCUGUAACAAUACGAAGGCAAUUCUUUUCGCACUACAUCUGUAAAAUAAAAUAAAAUAAACAUUAGCCCGUGAAAUCUGUGAAAUUGACCCAAAGUUGACAGAGUAAAAUUUGUUCGACUAGUUACCCCAUGUACACUUGGCUACUAUACAUAUUAUUUAUUCGGUCAUGACAACGUAGAUAACGCUAGCAAUUAUUACAAGUAUAAACUGUAUACAAUUGGCAAAGGGUAAAGCCCUGACGUUACGAGCGAUAGUCAGAUAAAUAAUUUAAAAUUUCGCGAUACGUUGUGAGUUACGGCAUACUUAUAAGUAUUUGCAGACUUCAUAUAUUUGCAGACUAAUAGUGUCUAUCUGCGGUAUUCUAUUAAAACUCCCGUGUAAUAUUUCAGCGAACGCUCUAUCGGUGAUAAAUGUUUUUAGUCCACUGAUCCUUCAUUUGUCCUAUAAAAAACAUAGAAGAAAUGAAGGAUCGGUGGAAUUUUUUAAUUUUACCACCCAGCCGAUAUUAAUUCGGUACUUGAGUAUAUGCCAAGUUAUUGUGUACAUACAUCUAUCUCAUAUUUGCGAUUGUUAGCAAUGUAUGAUAAUAAGAUGGUUGCUGCAAUGCAAUUUUAUUUAAAGGAAUUGAUAUGCAUCUCUCUGCCAUCUCCAUUUAUCACGUUGUGUAAAUCAACCAAGAUUAGAAUACUCAAUUCAUUAAUUUUAAUAAUAAAUAAAUUAAUCAUCAAUUUUGUACAUAGAGUUAAGUACACGAUCAGCGUCGCGAAUAUUUCACAUGUACCUACUACAGAGAACUGCAACAAACAUUACUGGACCUUAUCACAUUUACGUUUAGGAACUUCAUGAUGGCAAUAUGUAAGCUGAAAGCUCGGUUGUUUUAUGCGGUAUGUACACAGCGUAAAACAAUAUACCCACGGAUAUUUUUUAAUUAUAGGAUUUAAAAUAGGUUUGUCCCGUUUGUGGUAAACGCAUUGCGAUUGACGCUGAUUGACGUGUUUAUCGCAUAAAACAACCACGUCCUUUGGUGAUAAAAUGUGGGGAAUUUUAUAAUUUUGCAUGUUUACACGUACCAUUUUAUAGCAAGACGUAGGUAGCAGUGCAAUAAUUAAUCUAAGAAAUCAAUGUUAUACAAUGAUUUAGUGUUUGUGCAGUAUCAAUGAUUCGAUCUUCCUAAACAGCGGCAUGUCAUGGCCGCCCUCAAGAGCGAUUGUUAUCUCUGACAUUCUCAUUGUUUGGUGAUCAUUGGUGAUUCAUGCCGUGCGCUCUUUCGCCGAACUUAUGGAAGUGCUGCGGUACCGCAGUAAGACCUGCGCUUUGAUUUUCGAAACACAUUUAACUGUAUAGUUUUCACCAAAAACGGUGUGUUCCCACUUGUCCCCGCCAAAUGUGCCCAAUUUGGGUGUGUGGCGGGCUAUAAAUGAUUCACGGCGAGUUUCGUGUAGAACUAGAAAGGGAACAAAUGAGAAUACAUAUAUACCUACCCAAAAAAUAUUCAUUGAAAGGUUACCUUGUGAUUUUUACGAAAGAUAAUUAUGAUUUCAUAAUUACGAGAAAGUUGACAUUGACUUUAUGCCCCUUGUGCAGCGUAUGACUUAGAACAGUGUUAGAGGGAAAGAUCAGAAUAUAACUUUAUUUUUUAAAUCAGGAGUUGAAACAUAACUUAUAGUUAUAGUUAGGCUCGCCACAGACAAUCUUAAAAUUCAUAAUCUGAAAAAAAAAAAGAUUUGUAUACAAUCUGUCAGAUCAAUCUGAAAAUUCUGUCAGAUUGAUCUAUGAAUCAAGUGAUAAUUGAUAUUGCCAAGCGAAAUAAUACAGUUUCAAAUUCUCUACUCGAAAUUAGGAACACAAUGUGCUCUUGGUGACUUUGCACAGUGUACUAUAUUUCUUGCUUGUCCUCACGGUCAGGGCCUAUGUUUAUGUUGAUACCCGUAAACCUGACAUGUGUUCAGUCGAAUGUGUUAAAUUAUUUAUCUGUAUGUGAAUUAGGUUAGACUCUUGUCAAAUUUACUGUACAUAUUUUAGAUAAUAACAUUUCUAGUAUCGCUAUCGGAUACAUUUUGUGAUCUUAGGAUAUAGGUUUGCGUCAAUAAUAUGUGCUAAUCUACAAUAUGUAGGUACUUGAUCAAUUUCCAUAGAUGUAUCCUUUUUUUAAUUUGUGUUGGACAUCUAUACGUAUUGUCGACAAAAGUAAAAAACACAAGACAAGACAGUUAUGUUUGAAGCUAUUCUAAAUAAUAAAAAUGAAAUCUGUGUACCUACAGUUAUAUUACAUUGUACUACAUACAAGGGGUCUUCUUGAAAUAUGUAGCUGUAUGUAUUUUCAUUUUAUUUCUUAUUUAAUUGUAAACAUCAACUUUUCACUAGUCAUAUUAAAUUUGUUUUAAUUAAUAAUGCAAAUCGUUCUUACAUCAUAUACGAAGUGUCAAAAUAAUGUAAAUUUGCGAAUACUAGCGCUGUUCAUGAUGGGAGGAAUUAUAUAUUUUUAACUAACUGACAAAAUGAAAUACUUGUCUUGUGUCACAGAGAGAUCAUUUUCAUUGUGGGAUUGUGAUCGUAGUCGUCGAAUAUUUUUUUAUUGCUAAUCAAUCUUCUAGGGAGAAUAUUUUUUAAACAAACGAAUCGCGUUUUACAGUGUUUUAAGUGUCAUAAUAAUUAUUAUACAAGUAGCAAACGUAAUCAUGCACCAUUCAUCUGUAGGUAUCUUCGUAAAUAA